CUUCGCUUUUGAUUUCUUCUGAUUCGACCACCACCGCAAUUACCAUAACCACCACAACCGUUCAACUGCGCCAUCUAUAUUCAACUGCACUAGACGCAUACCCUCCAUUCCAAUCGAGCAGCAAAGAAAUUCAGCUCAUCCGACUCUCGCCGAUCCUCCUGCAACCACCGCCAACAUGCAUUUGAUGUAUACCGAAGAUGAAUCGGGGAAAAGAGUUUACACCCUGAAAAAAGUUCUCGACGGCGUGGUGACAAAGUCUGCACACCCUGCAAGAUUCUCUCCCGAUGAUAAAUACUCAAGACAUCGGGUGACUUUGAAGAAAAGAUACGGGUUACUGCUCACCCAGAAAAAGGAGGAAUCCAAGUAAAAAACACACGACUGGAGGCGUUUGCGGAGUUGGGUGGCCCACAAGGCUGGAAUUUGUUAUGCGAUCAAACGAGAUACCCAAUCUCUUCAAGACAGCCAUACAUUCAUAAUAUACCAUUGAAAAUGGCAUUUGUCUACAACCUCUACCGUUUUCUAGAGUUGAUGUUUUUUCCACCGCC